AUGGCAUCCUCUUCUGAAAUUCCUUCAAUCGUUGAACAGAUGGCACAAUCAACACUGUUGAACAUCAAGGCAAACCAGAAUCUCAUCCUAGACCUUGAACAUACCAAGUACGACAUCUUUCUUCAACCUCUCAUAGAUUUCUUAAGCUAUUCACCACUAGUAAUCACCCUUAUGAAAAUUGAGAAUAUACCUCUGGUUCAUCUAUCUAAGGCAUAUUUGACUGCUAGCUACGAACAAGGGGAAGAUAUGAUCACUUUUGAAGUCGAAAACAAGAAAACCCAGAUCACUAAGCCCAGGUUCUGUAACCUCCUAGGACUUCCUCAAGGUCGUGACCUAGUCAAUCUGGAAUCUAUCCUUAACUCUACUCGCUUGGAGAUGUUCUAUCAAAUGGGCUACAGGGAGUAUUUAGCCAUUGUCUCCAAAUUCAAGAAGCCUAAUCUUCCACAUGUAUGGAAUGCUCUAUUCACCUCGCUUUUUAAAAUUCUCUCUAAAAGGGUAACAGGCUCAGACUACACUACCAAAUUCGCCUUUAUUGGAUCAAUACCAGAAUCAAUGCUUCGCUACAUCCCUACUACGAGUGAAGUAAUUCAAGCCUAUCGCAGUGUAUCACAUUCUGGUCCAAGACCAAUGACUGAUGAAAUACGAAAGGUACUUGACGAGGUUGAUAAGCCAAAGAAUGGUGGUAAACAAAAGGGGAAAGUUGGUCCGUACAAACCUGUCCAGACUCCAAAGAAGAAAGUGAAGCGACAACAUUUUAGCCUGGGAGGAUUUACUAUGAUGUUUUGA